AGCCUAAUGAAGUCAGUGCCUCCAACUGGACUCUUGAAGAAACCUGUGGAUAAGAAACUGUGACUCAGACGGAGAGUCUCGGCGUUUGCAGGUUCUUUUUUGGAGUUUUUGGUUGUUGUUUUUUCAGUUUGUGCUCUACAGCAUUUCUCGGAGUAAAGAAGCAGCGGGACUCAGGAUCAUCAUGAUACCAUGGUGGCCAAACUGUUAGGGCUGGCCUUUCUUUAUCUCACGACCGGUCCAUUCACCUUCUCUGCACAUGGCACGUCAGUGUAUCCUGUCCCAACUUCAUCUGUAAAGAUCAAUCCAAACUGGGAGGUGGUCUACCAGGACACUGACGUUUAUGGGGUGGUGGGCAAAGCCGUGAUCCUGGAGUGUGGCACCAGCGUGCCUGACAUCUACAUAUGGAGCUUCACCAAGCCCGGCACUGACGCCAUCAAAGCAGUGGUGUAUAAUCUGGGGAAAGGGCCGAGGAUCCAGCAGUUUGCUGAAACACUUGGACACUUGACCAUCAUCUCAAACAGUGCAGCAGUGAGCAUUGAGAAACUGCCUCUGGCUGCUCAUGGCCUGUUCACCUGCCAGGCCUUCUACAAUAUCGACAAGGAGCCUGUAGUCUACUAUUACUACGUUCACCUCAAUGUCAGAGUCCCCGUCAGUAAGCCGUAUCUGUUGCUAAGCGAUGUGUCUCCGGUGGAAGGCUCCACAAUGUGGAUGCGAUGCAACCUGGAAAACGGGACCGGGCCAAUCCAGUACGUAUGGCAGCACGAAACCCACAGUGGCAACAUCACGGUGGUGGCCCAGGGAAGCAGCAACCUCAUCAACAUAACGGACAUCAACAGAAACCACACUGGCUGGUACCGCUGUGUGGCCACCAAUGCCGUCAACAGUGAGAGCUCUAACCGCUUAUGGCUGGACACCAUCUAUGGUCCUGACAUCCCCCGGAUAGACGUGACUCCGUACAGUAUAACAGAGCGGGGUUACUCAGCGUUGGAGAGAGAGACUGUUUCACUGAUGUGUCAAGCCCCGUCCAAUCCAGCCAGUCAGUACGUCUGGUUCUACAACAACUCCCAGGUCUACAGUGGGCCGCAGUACACCAUCACCAAGAUCCUUCGCAUGCACACAGGAGACUACGCCUGCUUGGCCCAGAACACAUACCUGAACACCCGCUCCAAAAAAACCAUCAGCCUGACUGUCUACUACCCUCCUGACGGUUCCCCCUCCUGCUCCGUGGAGGCCGCUCUGAAUCACACUGCUCUGAAGCUGCUCUGCGUCUGGGCCGGGGGAUUCCCCUCCCCGUCCUUGGACUGGACCGGAGAUCUGGUGCAGGCAGGAAAAACCCAGGUGGACGCAGAACAACAAACUAAUCUACAAAGUGGCACUGCCAUCAUUCUGCCCUCUGGGAGCGUGACCCCUAACAGCUUGUUCAGAUGUGUGGGCUCCCAUCCUGCUCUGAAACAAACUACAGAGUGCAACACACGGACAUACAUUCCUCCUGCAGAACCGGUGUGUUUUGCCUACGUCACAAACACUCAGCAAUACCUGAUGCUGUCCUGCUCCUGGGAUGGAGGGGCCCCAAAGGCCCUAGUGUGGUGGGAGGGACCAGGGGGCCAAAGCAAAGGAGGACAAGAAAACUCCAACAUCCUGAUCCUCCGUUAUGGGACGGCCCGAAGUGGGAAACCGUACACCUGCUACGCUAAACACCCACUUCUGGUGGAAGCAAAGAGUUGUAGGCUCACACUGGAGGCCCCGGUGUUGUUGACGCAGCGCAGAGUCAUCUCUGUGUACGAGGGGAGUGACGUUCAGCUCACCUGCAAUCUGAGAGCCAAUUACCUUCCAGCCAAUGACAUCACCUGGUUCAACAACCAGGGCGUGGAUGUCCGAGACACGUCGAAGUACAUGCUGCUGCAAACGUCUGCCUGGGCCAACCUGACUGUGAGAGAAACCGAUGAGAUGCAGGACAGCGGAGAGUACAGAUGCUCCACUUCAAACGCAGUGGGAGGCGCUGAGAUCAACGUCACUCUGGUGGUCAAGAGAUACCCCAUGCCACCCAAUGCAACCCUGAUCAGAGCGACGUACAACAGCCGACAGCGUAACGAGGUGGAGCUGGAGUGGCAGGUCGACGGUACGGAGGAGACUGGAGGAUGGACUGGUUUCCAUGUGGAGCACCAGUUGGUGUCUGAGCGACCAAACAAGAGACGGAGCAGCAAUAUUUCACAGCUGCAGCUGGAGAGGAUUGCCUCCCAAGACUGGUACCGUACCAUCAUCCAGGAUCCAGGCAGCAGGAGUCACACAGUUCGAGGACUGACUCCGACCGUUACCUACCAGUUCCGCAUAACACCCAUCAACCACCGCACCAUCGGACACCCGUCUCCAACAAAAACUCCAGCGGAACCACGCAACAGCAUGUACCCCGCUGUGAUCGGAGCAGCGAUAGGCGGGAUGCUCUUCGCAGCCAUUCUCACAGUCCUGCUGCUCAUGUACAUAAUCCGCAACCGCAACAACAACCCCAGACUGCAUGACAUGCUGUUUGGCAUGCAGCACAGCCAGUCCAGAGAGAACAUUAAUUUUCCAGAGGAUGAAAUGGUCAGAGGGUCAGAUGGAGGGAUAGAGGACAUUGGGGGAUUAUCAACUGCAGGCCCAGCCGUUUCUAUACCCAGGGCAUCCUCGCCCCUCACCGCCUCACCCAGGAGUGCCACUCCCACCCCCACCAGUCAAGCCCCUCCCUCUGGAGACGACAACGAGCCAGUGAGCGUCACAAUCACAGUCAAGGCUGCAGAAUCCUAGAGUAAAUAAACCAGCUGUAGUUUACACUGGAGCUCUUGCUGUAAAUAGCGUCAUGCACAUCGAUUUGUCUGAUUUAUCUAACAAAACAUUUUGAUGUUGGUUUUAAAAGGUCAGGCGCUGCAAAAAUGAGCUAGACGGUCAAUUUGCUAUGUAUAAUAUGUACAUGUUAAGUGUUUUUUUUAGCUUUUCGCCUUAGCAGGCAUCCGUCUUCAUUACACAUUAACCUCAAAUUCUUUCAGAUUUGCAUAGAGGAUAGUAAUACGCAUUUGUGUAUCAAUUAAAAUAUAAGAUUUUUUCAUUAUCACAGAUCAUUUAGCAAACAAGAUCUUUAUUAAUUUAUUCAGCUUUGAACAUUAACAUAGCAAAAACAACCAGAACACUUCAGUCUUUAUGAAUGGCAAAUUGUAGAAAACUAUGUGAUCUAUAAAGUCUUGAUCUUUCAAGUGUAUAAAAAAACAAGUGUUAACAACAAGAACAUGUAAAUAUAUACAGUUUGUCUCUAAAGUCCA